AUGGCUCAAUCUACUGAGAAGAAAUUAACAGGCCUGGUUGCCGCCACAUUCACUCCAUUUACUGCUCAAGGUGAAGUCAACCUAGCAGAGAUCGGACCUUACAUCGACUACUUGAUCACGACGCAAGGCGUAAAUAGCAUUUUCGUGAACGGCACCACCGGUGAGGGCAUGUCACUCAGUGUUGCUGAGAGGAAGUUACUGGCAGAGGAGUGGUGUCGGAAAGCAAAGGGAAAAAUGGAGCAGGUGAUUAUUCAUGUUGGCUGCACGAGUCUUAAAGAAUCACAAGAACUGGCUCGCCAUGCUGUGGAGAUUGGAGCAGACGGGAUAGCGGUCAUUUCGCCGUCCUUCUUCAAACCUCGCUCGGCAGAGUCGCUGAGGGCGUACCUUCAGAAUGUGGCUACCGCAGCCCCCACAGUGCCUUUCUAUUACUACCACCUUCCAGGUCUUACUGGCGUUAAUGUGCCAGCAAGUGACUUGCUGGAAGGAAUAGAGACGCUCAUUCCCUCUUUCCGAGGGGUCAAAUUCUCUGGCAGCGACCUGAUGGAUUUUGGCCAGUGUAUCAACCAUACCCAGCCUCACUGGUCCGUCCUGUAUGGCGUGGACGAGCAACUGUUAGCGGCUCUUGCGUUGGGAGCCCACGGAGCGGUUGGCAGCACGUACAACUAUCUGGGAAGUCACAUGAAGAAGCUGCUGUCAGAGUUCGAGAGCGGAAACCUGGAGCAAGCUAGGAGUCUUCAGUUCAAGAUGCAAGAGCUCAUCAGCCACGCCGUCAAAGUUGGAUUCGACGUGGGCGUCAACAAGCAGCUGAUGGCCGAAGUGUCCGGCCUGCAGUUGGGCCCGCCUCGCCUGCCCAUCAUGCCGUGUCCUAAAGUGCACGCCGUGUCCAUCAAGCAGAAGUACCAGCACCUCUUCUCCGUACACUGA